AGGAGGAGGAAUUGUUGGUGGAGAUUUGGGCCGACAAAAUUGCCCAGCUCCGUGGGAACCGUAAAAACUCCCACAUUUUCAAAGAGAUGGCUGUCGCCAUCAAAGAACAUUCCCCUGAAGAAAUCAGAGUUAAAAUACAUAACCUCACCAAUCGCUACAAAAAGGAAAAAAAAAUUAUUGGACCAUCUGGUGGUUCCCCAUCGGAAUGGAAUUUAUAUUCUAAAAUUCAUUCCAUUCUAGGAGGGCUUCCCAUUCAUAAUACAUCCAAUUUGGUGGAAGAAAGCGUUGCGGAGCCUCAUUGUUCUCAGUCAUUGGAGGAGGCUGCUGAUUCUGAUGAGACUGAGGACGUAGAAGAAAUUCUUCUAUCAGUAUUAGAAGAUCCAGGGCCCUCAUCCAGUUCAUCCAUGCCAAGACCUGUAACAAAAAAAAGGAAAAUGUCAGAAACCAAAAAGGAAUGCAACAAACUGGAUGCAAUCGUCUCGGAAAAUUUAAAAAAUAUCCAAAAAACUGACGAGCAGAUUCUGGAAGAGCAGCGAAAAAGUAAUGCAAUCCUUGAAAGGAUUGCAACAGCCUGUGAAGUUGUGCAACGAGAAAUAGUUUCUCGUAUGCAAUCAAACUAAUUUCAUUUCAUAUUGUGAUAUGAAUUAAUUGU